AUGGACCCACGGAUUGGCUCUGUAUUGAAGAAACUGUUUGAUGAUGGUGUUGUGAAACGUGAAGAUUUGUGGAUUACCUCGAAACUCUGUGCUGUGAAUAAUGGUAUCGGUAUCGGCAUCUUCCGAUACCGUUUUGUUGGGUCCGUUUUUGCAGUAUCAGACGGAUUUUUAAAACCGUGGAAUAUCGAUCAUGCUCCGGAAGAUGUACCGCCAGCAUUGGAUAGGACUUUAACAGACUUACAGCUUGAUUAUGUUGAUUUGUAUCUUAUCCACUGGCCUGCUCCGAUGAAGAAAGGAUCAGUAGGUUUCAAGCCUGAAAAUCUUGUGCAACCUAAUAUUGCCAGCACAUGGAGGGCGAUGGAAUCACUCUAUGACUCUGGCAAGGCACGGGCUAUAGGUGUAAGCAAUUUCUCCACCAAGAAGUUGGGGGAUUUGCUGGAGAUUGCUCGCAUUCCACCUGCUGUCAAUCAAGUCGAGUGUCAUCCUUCUUGGAGGCAGGACAAGCUGCAGGUUUUUUGCAAUUCCAAAGGUGUCCACCUCUCUGUGAGUUUUGAAAUCUUGAAUGAUCAUUAUUUUGUUUCUGCAUAUUAAAUUGGCCUUUUUCAA